AUGGAUAGUGACAUGAGUCAAAAUGGCGAGACAAAGGCAACUUUUCAUACCAAGGAGAACACAGUGAAUGGUCUCACCACAGUUCCAACCUCGGUCACGCUGUCUUCUGAACAGUUCGAAAGGCUUUAUUUGACUCCUAUGACUGUUCGCCAAUCACCCUUAGCCAAGAAAGUUGGAAACCCAACACCAUUAGCACUAGGAGGCUUUGUGAUUACCACCACUCCCCUUUCAUGCUGCUUGAUGGCCUGGAGAGGAGCUAGUGGAAAUGGAAUUGCGUUCAUUGGACCUAUCGUCUUCCUUGGUGGUCUUUUGCUGCUCAUCACGAGUAUUCUUGAGUUCAUCAUCGGAAAUACCUUUCCCUGUGUUGUCUUUGGCACUAUAGGCGGCUUUUGGUUUGCAUUUGCAGCCACAAUGAUUCCUGCUUUCAACGCAGCUGCGCCAUACUCAUCUUCAGGCACUGAUACGGCUGCUGGACUAGCCAGUGCAGGCUUCAUGAAUACCUAUGCGUUUUUAUUCAUAACAAUGGCUAUUCUGAUGCUAAUCUUCCUGAUUUGUUCAACACGCAUCAAUGUGGUAUUCACGGUGAUAUUCCUGUUUCUGCUUCUGGUUUUCCUUCUUCUGUCUUCGGCGUAUUGGCAACUAGGGCAAGGAAAUGCCGCCAUUGGCGAUCGAUGUGUAAAAGGUGCUGGGGCGUCGCUCUUCGUUGCUAGCUUACUCGGCUUCUAUCUGUUGAUUGUUCAAUUGCUUGAGUCCGUGGGCUUCCCAUCCUUUUUACCCGUUGGAGACUUAUCAACAUUUUGGACUCGCAAUCAAGAAAAGUGA